UAUGGUGACUCCUGACUCCUCCCUGUGGAAACAUCCUCCACUGUGUUCUUUGACGAGUGUUAUCGUAGCUUCGGUGUGUGACAAAACAAAAUAGAACCAGUCUUUCAACUUUUCAUUCCCCGUCACCUGCUGCAUUUUGCCAUUACGUACGUGUCCUUUAAGAGAAGGCGUGGCAUCUUUUUGCAUUUUAAAAUAGCUUCAAUGCGGAACACUAACAAGACGUUACAAGUUUCUGACAAAAGUCUUUCAAGAACAGAGACAACUUCCUCAGGACUAUUUCUAAGACUUGUACUUAUCUGCUGAUCAAGCUAAAACACAACCCAUGUGGCCAAAUCAAGGUUAUCCUCCCCCUCCAAUGGGUCAACAAAAUCCUGCAUUCCCUCCUGGAUACAGUGCUCCAUAUUUACCUGCCCCUGGACCUGGGGUCUACCCCCAGGCUCCACAUCCUGCUUACUCUGGAUACCCUAUAGCCCAGUAUCCUCCAGGCCACUACUCUGCUCCUGUGAGCCCAGCCAUGAUCCACCAUGGACCUCCAGGACCGAUGCCCCAUGGACCUCCAGGGGUUAUGCCUUAUGGACCUCCUGGACCUCAUGCAUAUCCCAUGCAUCCUGCAGGGCAUCCUUGCCACCCCAAAGGUCUUCAUUUGGGUCACCUCCUGCAUAACCCAAAAGGUUUCGGUCAUGGCCCUCACAACGGUCAUCAUCAUCACCAUGAUGGGUUUAACCCUACAGCUGGAAUAUUAGCUGGAGGAACGGCAGUGGGAAUGGGCUUACAUUCUCACAAAGCUAAUAAGAAAAUGAGGAAAAAAAUGAAGAAGGCUCACAAAUACCACAUGCAUGGUCAUUACAAGCAUGGCAAGUGGUCCAGCAGCAGCAGCAGUGACUCAGAUUGAGGCCUUCAGAGAGUGAAUCAUCCAAUAAUUCAACUAAAAUCAUUGCACAAGUACAUUAUGUUAUAAUAUCAGUUACAGUGCAUUUCUGACAUUUGAAGUUACACAAACUAUUUCUUCCAGGGCCUAAAUUUAAAUUUCAGUCAGUGUGUAUGGUUGAUGUAAAGAAUUUAGGCGUAUGGAUUUGUUUGCCACUGCUUUUUUUAUGUUUUGUUUUUUGUUUCAUUAGUGUAAAUGGAAAAAUACCAGUCAUGAAAUAUAAAGUUGUCUUUUACUUGAAUUUGUGAAUGCAUUUGAUAGUAUUACAAUUACUGCACUAGAUAACUGCUAGGUAUAAUUAACAAGGUAUAAUUUUUUUUCUUGGAUUUCUAUUCUAAUUUCUCUCAAUACUUAUUAAAAUAUUUAAUGUUACUCCAUAAUUGGAUGUACAGUCAUACCCAUAACACAUUCACAUAUUAUCUUGUUACAGUCACAAACUGCUGAGUGUUUUGUUGUAAUUUUGUGUAAAAAUAUCAAUACAAUAAAAACUAAAAUCUA